AAAUCAAUCGCUCGACAUGCACUGAAUCGCGCAAUUCGCACGAGUAUUAUUUCCAUUAUGGGACGUGUUUACAAAUAUAAUUAAAAAAUAAGAUGUUUCGCGAUGAGUUUGAAGUUGCGAUGGGUGAUGAUCUCAUUGAAACGUUACUAUGUUAGCUUGGCGCUGGCCGCUGCGCUUUUCACUUUGGGCUUUACGUAUAAUUUCGUGUACGAGAAUGAGAGAAGGCCUCGACUCUUCACCACGGCUGUUACAAGAACGUCGACGUCUUCACGGAAUAACGAUUUGAUCGUCGAAGGGAACAUAUUUUCCAACAGCGAGCUGCGAGCCAAACUGUACAAGCAAAAGGUGGAGAGGUUGUCGAAGAAGAUGAAGAAGUCGCGUCUGAUAGAGUUGAACGCGAAGCGGGUUGCGCGACCCAACUACAACGUGCACAUCUUCUACUACGCCUGGUACGGGAAUCCACGAUACGACGGUUCGUACAGGCAUUGGAAUCACAGAUACGUUCCCAAUUGGAAAACGGACGAUCGCAAGGUCUAUCCGACGGGAAGCCACGAUGCGCCCACCGAUCUGGCAUCGAACUUCUAUCCGAAAUUGGGUUGUUACAGCUCGAGGGAUCCGGCCGUGAUCGAAACCCAUUUCAGGCAGAUCAGAGACGCUGGUGUGGGCGUGGUCGUGCUCUCGUGGAGCCCGCCCACUUUCAAGGACUCGCCCAGCGAUCUGAUGCCGCGCCUCUUCGAGACCGCCGAGAGCGUCGGCUUGAAGAUCGCCCUGCACAUCGAAGCGUACGCGAAACGCGAUCCGGUGAAUCUGCUCGAGCAUCUGAAGCAGUUCAUGGGCGAGUUCGGAAGUCACGCAGCGCUUUACAAGAUGCGGAAAGCGUUGGGUGGGAAGAAGGAGGUGCCCGUGUUCUACGUGUACGAUUCGUAUCUGACGCCUUCCGUCGCGUGGAAGGAGGUGCUCAGCAGGAAAGGCAACUUGAGCGUGCGCGACACCGAUUUGGACGCGAUCUUCUUGGGUCUCGUCGUCGAUCUGUCGCACAGGUCGCACGUCAGGAAGUCGCAGUUCGACGGAUUCUACACGUACUUCGCGUCGAACAGCUUCACGUACGGAAGCACGUGGAAGAACUGGCGCGCUCUGUCCAAGUUCGCCGUGCAAUUCGGUCUGAUCUUCGUGCCGAGCGUCGGUCCUGGUUAUGCGGACACGCAAAUCCGGCCGUGGAACAGCGCCAACACCAGACACAGAAGACACGGCCAGUACUACGACGUGGCCUGGAGGAGCGCCAUCAGCAACGACAACGUCAAUUACGUGUCGAUAACUAGCUUCAACGAGUGGCACGAAGGGACGCAAAUCGAACCCGCUCGUUCCAAGAACAUCCUCGGUUUCACCUAUCUGGAUUACGAACCGGACGGCGCAGACUUCUACCUGAACCUGACGCAAUGGUGGGUCGGACAAUUCGGGAAAUCCUUAGAAUCGAACGAAAUGGACCAGCAUUUGUUUAACAAUUGAACUCAAAGCACUAAAAUAAACAUAAUCAAC